UACUACCUGAAACGCAGGCCUCCAAACACAACUCACCAAUGGAGAGAAGCAACAGAAUCUCCGUAGGCGUGCUACCCAUCGCAAAAGAACCAAUACUCGCCCCCGACGGCCCCAGUAAGCCGCCGCCGGCUUCGGGGAAGAAGCCCGCCGUGGGCCGCUCCAGAAAGGGCUGCAUGCGGGGCAAAGGAGGCCCGGAGAACGCCCUCUGCACCUACCGCGGCGUCCGCCAGCGGACCUGGGGGAAGUGGGUGGCAGAGAUCCGCGAGCCCAACCGGGGCGCCAGGGUCUGGCUCGGCACCUUCAACACCUCCCUAGAGGCCGCUCAGGCUUACGACGACGCUGCCCGCCGUCUCUACGGGUCCUCCGCCAAGCUCAAUCUCUCGUCCGGUGACGGCGGGGACGAUUUUUCACAGGUCCCUUCAGAUAACUAUCCCUCAGGCGGCGGCGAGUUUGUGGUGCCGGAUAAUUAUUACAGGGAAGAGAAGUCGGUGUUCGACGAAGCGAACUGCAUGUGGGAGACGCCGACGCUGCUGGAUGAGAAGCGGAGCCCGAACUGGCCGGAGAAUUUCAGCCAGUAUGAUUUCAUGAACAGAACAAAACAAUUAGCGGAUGAUUUUCAAGUCCGAUGGGCGUUGUAG